UCUUUCCAGGCCGUUCCGGUGGCGUCUUGGGGGAGGCGCUACUUCGCCGUGACGCUGUUCGACUUCCCCUCCAUUCAGAUCACCAGCGAUGGUGACCGGAACCUCGUGAGAAUCCGAUUCCGGUUCCACGGAACCAGGUCGCCCACCUUAACCUACAGCAACGUGGAGUACGCGCCUGAUAAAACCUUGCAUGUGGAACUGGACAGAGGGGGCAGUUUUUCCAUUCACCACUGCGACAAAGUGAAAGAGAAGCACAACGGCUCGUUGACGGGCUCCUCCGUUGUCGGUCAAUUUCCCAUCGGCGUGAUCAGCGGCAAUUGUGACACGGCGACGUACACCACCAACUGCCGAAACUAUCGGCUCGAUCGAUGGGGCUCCACGGCAGAUGUGGUCACAGAGAUGCUCUUGCCCGUGGAAGCGUACGGGACAGAGUUCAUCGUCGUGUCCUUCAACAAGAGAAGUCCGCACGGUGUCCUGAUGAUCGUUGCGAGUGAGAACGACACCGAGGUCAGCAUUUUUCUAACCUCGGAUGGCAGGACGAAAAACAUUACCUUAAUCCAUGCUGGAGACCUCAACAAGGAGGUCAUCAUAGACGACCACCGAAUGGUCUUGAGCGACAAAAAAAUACAAGUGGUUAUGAUGUCGCGGUCAGCUUGCUGGAGCUCUGAGGGUUUGGAACAUCAGGGCGAUAGCUCUAUCAGUUUACUCAUUCCCAACUAUCUUUUUUACGUCGAAUACUUUUGGAUCACACCAAAUAUCACACCCGAUAGUUACGCCGCCCUUGUGUCCGAGAAUGACAAAAUCGAGUACCUGGUUUUUGACUUAGAACCGGUACCGGACACGAGUACAUGGGAAGAAGUGACAGGCCCCACGUCGUAUAUUGUCACUUCGGUUCGAGCCUCCACGGGAAGUCACUCGGCGGCAUCGACACACUACUUUAAGUUUGGGUGCUAUCUUGUCGGCAUCACGCACAAAGCAGAAUACAUGUACCCGGCUGGAUUC